AUGUACGACUUUUGCCUCACGAUUCCAUAUGGCGUCGUCCUGACUGUAGGCGGCUUUGCAGGCUUUGCGAUCUCCGGCAGCACCACGUCACUGGUAGCUGGUGGUCUAUCGGGUGCGUUGCUGAGCUUCGUGGGCUACUGCAGCUACAAUGAGUACAAGCAGAGCCCCGUGACGUCCAAGCUCUGGCCGGCCAUUUCGCUGGCCGUGUCGAUGCCUCUAGCUGUGGUCAUGGGCAACCGCUUCGUCGAGACGAACGUUUUUUUUCCUGCGGGCCUUGUUGGCGCAUAUAGUGCUGGCAUGACGGGUUUCUACGUGUGGCUGCUGUGCAAGGAGAGUAAGCCUCAGUACAAGAAGAAAGCGAAGAAAGUGUAG